AUGGCUUACGUGCAGGCGAUGAUGCGGCUGGACAAGCAAGGGCUGAUCUAUGCAUUGAAAGGGUUCUAUCUUCGGUAUAACCCAGAUAAUGCCAAGAACGCUUUCGAGAUAGCAUCGACUUACAUGGACGACCAAGAGGAGCUGAACCAUAGGUUACAAGCCAAGUAUGGUGAAGACCUUGAGAACUACACGUUUGAAGCCCAGGCCUCGAAUUCCUCCAGGCGUCCGCAUAGAGAUACUAGAGAGCAAGUCGCCAACCUGAUCUAUAUCUCGUCUUCUCCUGUCAAGAACGAGUCACGGGUCCAUCGCUACGUCGAGCGGAGUCCUGAGAUCUUACCUGCUGAUUUCAACAAAAAUGAGAACCCAAACCUGCCGUCACCAACUCCUCCGAGGCAGAACGAGGACGAAGACAACUCCUUUGCUGCGAUGUUCGAUAAGUUCCUAGAAAGCCUGCCUCUCAGAUCGCGAGAGUCCCCCAAUGUUUGGAUCCAUGGCGACCUGCUUGCCUUCGACGGGUUCACAAAGACAUGGAAGAAGAAGUUCUUCACUUUCGAUGGUCAUCGCCUGGCAUACAACGUGCAUGAAGGGUUGAACUAUGAGAUUGAACUCGACGAUACUUCUGAGAUUCAUGUGUUGAACCAACCUAAGUUUGGAGAGUAUAUCUGUUUCGAAGUGGAGGCUGUAGGUGGAGAUCGAUACCUGUGCAGUUGUGACAGCACCGACACAAGAAGCCUUUGGUUGCGGAAGUUCGAGCAGGCUGGCAUUCCUCUUCACUUUCAGUCGCAUGACCCUGACCUACUCUCUGAGAUGGUGCGCGUGUUCACCUUCUAG